CGUUUCGUAGCUCUUAGCCUGCAGUAACAAUAUAUAUGGUAUUAAUUAAUUAACUGCCGUAAAUACGAUCUCUCUCCGACUGAAUAAUGAAUCUCUUUGAAUGUUGGAGAAAACGGAAAUUGUCGCGACGAGAGAGAAGAAAACAAGAAACAAACAGCAAGAUACCUCUCGCGAAGUUCAAUCUUAUCCAGAAUUCCGGAAGUUCAAUUAUGAGCUAUGCCUAGAAAGGAAUCCAUUCAUUCUUCAAGAAGAAGAAAAUAUUGCAAAAUACGCUUAACGAAAACAAGAAGGAAACCGCUCGCAGAAG